GAGAGAGAUGGAUGGGGAUUAAAAAGGGACGGGUACUUGGGAAUUCUCUUAGUUAGUCAGGGUCUUUUUGGAUGUCUAACUUCGAAAUUAGUGGAAGUGGGAGAAGGUAAUAUAGAAUGAUAAGAAUUCGAAAGAUAAAAAGUUUGGGGAAAAAAACGAUUGGAGAGAAGAGAGAGAGAGCGAGCGCAAACUAGCGUCAUUUUUUUUUUCCUCGCCUUGAUUAGAUUCGGUUUUAGAUCUCAUCUUAGAGAGUCCAGCGCUCCUGUCUCCCAGUUUCUUCGUUUAUGAGAGAAUGAGGGAAUAAUGGCAGCUGCAGAAGCAAGGGCUGCUUGGCAGCGUGCUGCAAACCGUUGCCUAGUCCAGGAGGAUGCAAAGAGAGCUCCAAAGUUAGCCUGCUGCCCAUCAUCAUCUAUGCUGCAGAAUGAUUCAAGCAAUGGCAAUGUAACAAAUGUGCAAGAUCAUUCUGCCCCCAAUUUUAUGCCUUUAAACUGGAAUCCCGUAAAUUCUAAUCUUCCAUCGGACACAAAAUGGUGGCUUCAGCUGCAACCCAACUUUGGUUACCAAAAGGACUACAUAUGCGAACAACUGAAUUUCUUAGAAGAUCAACAUGAUGAGAAGAGUGUAGAAACUACAGUCCCAACAUCUAAGUUUAUUGAAGAGUCGUUGCCAGGUGAAUCAAUGGACAUUGAUCUUAAAAAGAGCGAAUGCUCUCUGGAGUCUCCAUGGAUUGUAUCUACAGCUUUUAUGAAACACAGUUCUGAAUCUGGAGUUGAAGAGAUGAAGACGGUAACCAGUUGCCUGCAGCAACCAUUAAAGCGUAAAGUAGAUAUGAGUGAUUAUCUUUACAGGGAUGAGGAGCUGCUGGAUUGGAAGCCAGUUGAUCGGUUGGGUUCAAAGAAACAAGAGAAGGUUUCUUCAGACGUUAAUACACCAUGGGCAGGAGGUAACAAGAGUGAGCCCUGGUGGCGGAUAUCUGACAAAGAUGAGUUGGCUUUGUUUGUUGCCCAAAAAUCACAGCAGCAUAUUGAGAACUGUGAUCUUCCCAGGCCUACCCAGACAGUGCAUAUUAGUGGGGAUCCAUUUCCUUGUCUUGAGAAUUUAGACAGCAACGGGAUAUUUGCAUCAACAUCAGGUCAAAAGUUGCAUGCUGAUUAUGCACAAAAUAGUUCUUCUUCUGGGAGUGCGGAUGAUAAUAAUUGGUCUCCUAAUGGAGGCUAUUCGCUGCACGAUACUGCAAAACCGUACAGUGGCAACCAAGGUUAUUGUACAACUAAAAAUGAUUCACCAGAAAGCAACCAGAUACCAGAAGGUGACCCAAGCCGGGCUCAGCUGUUGGAAGCACUCUGCCAUUCACAAACCCGCGCAAGGAAAGCUGAAAUGGCAGCCCAAAAAGCUUAUAAUGAGAAGAACCACAUCAUCAAGCUACUGUUUAGACAAGCUUCUCAUCUAUUUGCAUGCAAGCAGUGGAUACACAUGUUGCAGUUAGAGAGCUUAUGUCUCCAGCUUAAGAUGAAAGACCAUCAGAUCUCAACACUCUUCCCUGUCCUGCCAUGGAUGCCAUUGAAGGGGACACCUUCAAGCAAAGAUAGGAACACAAGGAGGAAAGGUAGGAAGCAGGAGACGUAUAAUAUCUGCAAGUAUGUGGUUGUCUUUGCAUUUGGACUGGGUUUGGCUGGUGCAGGUUUGCUCUUGGGAUGGACCAUGGGCUGGUUGCUACCUACUCCGUAGAUUGCCUCGCUGUUUAAAACUGGUAACCAAGAAUUUCAAAUCCAUGCAUGCCGGGUUUGUAUUGUUGCAGUUGAGCAAUUGCAUCGAGGCUAAUAUUUAUGGGGGUAGUGCGAAAGAGUUGGGGUUCAAAGCAUGCCAUGCGGUUGUUCAUGUUAUGUGUUUAUUGGCUCAAGGGUAUCAUCUGUUAAUGUACAUAAGCAGUACCUAGUGUACAUAUGUGUUGGGACCUAGAUGGUUUCACUUGUGUAAUGAUAUACAUGCAAGAUGAUGAAACUUUGGUCAAGCAGGCAAUGAAAUGUAUUUUUUAACACCUUUGGUGA